UUUGCAGCCUGUUUAUUGCUGAAGUCAACUUUAAGAACAGCUUCCGGUUUCUGUCUUCCUCUUUUGCUCUGCAACGGGUCGCAAAGAUGGUGAACGUCCCGAAGACCCGCAGAACCUUCUGCAAGAAGUGUAAGAAGCACCAGCUCCACAAAGUCACCCAGUACAAGAAGGGAAAGGAUUCCCUCUAUGCACAGGGUAAGAGAAGAUAUGACAGAAAGCAGAGUGGGUACGGUGGUCAAACGAAGCCCAUUUUCCGUAAAAAGGCUAAGACUACAAAGAAAAUUGUGUUGAGGCUUGAGUGUGUGGAGCCCAACUGCAGAUCCAAGAGAAUGCUGGCCAUCAAGAGAUGCAAGCACUUCGAGUUGGGUGGUGACAAGAAGAGAAAGGGCCAGGUCAUCCAGUUCUAAACUGUGGCCCAUUCUUCUGGGUCAAGUUAACAUUUUCAAUAAAUGUUUGAAACCAUC